AUGCUCUGCCAUCUGGCCCUGAUCGCGUGCUCCGCCAUGCCCUCGAGGACCCGGGUUGCGGACGCGCUCCGCAAGCCAACGAACGCGCCACUCCGGGAGGAGUGGAUCAGGGCGGAGCUCGAGGCCACUGCCGCGGACUACAUCGCUCGCGAUGACGGCCGCCGCUGGCAGCCCACCCGCAGAGAUUUCGAGCGCGACAUCGACAUGUCGAAAAAUUCAGCGCCUGGCCCCGAUGGCAUCCCCAUCGGCGCCUGGCGGGCGUUGGGGUAUCCUGCCGCCAACUUGCUGCACCAGGCGUACCGGGAGAUCGUGGAGUCGGAGGACGUGGAGGCGAUCGGCGACUCGUAUCCGGAGUUCAACGAGACUGUGAUGGUUUUCUUACCCAAAACCCUGGUGGGGAAGGACGGAGACGAGGCGGAAAGGACUCGGCCGCUCAACAUAACCAACACUGACAAUCGCCUGAUGGCCAAUACAGUCCGGCUUCGCAUCGGACCCGCCUCGAUAAGAUAA